UCGUUCGGAUAUCGGAGAGGCGAAUUAAAUCAUUGAUAGUAGCUAUACUUUUUAAAAGAUUUUAUAUCAAAUUCGCCGGCAAUUCAGGAGAAUCGGCUUAGGGUUUGGUACCGAUCGAGGAUAUAUUUGUUCGUGAUUAUUCGGAAGUUUAUUAAAAUGGAUAACUCGGGAAAAAGGCAAUCGAUGAACGAUCGGAAGAUGAACGAUGCAGAGGAUCGCACCGAUCGAUCCAAUGGCGGCAGCGGUUGUUCCGAUGAUUCGACAUCAACCCUUAAUGCUUCGUCUAGUGUAUUGCGGCCGAGUUCUUCGAUUUCGCGAGGUUCGGAGGUGACGGCGGAGAUCUUGGCGGAGGAGGGCGGGAAUUUACUGCUCCAGCAAAGCGAUAGAGUCGAUAAUCUUGUGCAGUGGCUUCGCGCGCUGGAUGUGCAGGUUAUCGGUGCUUGUCGGGCUGACGAGAGGCUGAAGCCGUUGCUCAAGCUGAAUGCCUCCACCGGUGCUGCUGAAGAUCGCUUGCUUGCUCAGUUGACCCAGCAGUUUGAGCCAUCAGAGGUUGGCAUGCUAGCAAGGUGCUUGUGUGCCCCCCUUGUUUCUGUUCGCGUUGGAAGGAUCAACAAGAUAGGGGGCCUUUUUUGUCCAACUGCUACAAGGGGAAAUUUGAAUCUCACACUUUUGCCAACGUCUGACUUGCGCAUUUCAUUUAUUGGAGAUGAUGGUUUGCUAGAGCGACUUGUAACCUUGACAUCUGAGACUCAGUGUUCUGCUGUGGAAAUUGAAGAGAUCUUAGCUGAUAAGUCUGGACGUUCUUUCUGUGUAAAGAUCCCCAGUGAUGAGAUCUUUUACUUUUGGUGUUCUGAAAAGUCUAGGCUUCUGGGGAUUGAAUUGCUCAGAAAGAUGAAGGAUCUGUUGAAAAGAAAACCUUGUCUGGCUGAGUUAACUGGAAUUAGCGAAUCACGCCUGGAGAGUUUUGCAAUUCAUCUUCGAGCUUAUCUGGUUGGACCAACGUUGACUAAUGCUUGUGGAAUUCCUGCUGUUUCGUUAACCUCAUCUCUAGAUACCUCAGUUGAAACUUCUGAACUUAAUGUUCAAUCGCCGGUAGGAUCUUCAAAGCCGUCUCGUUCCAGGCAGAGUUUAGGUCAAGGAUCAAAGACCAGCCCACUCUAUCAGGGUAGUCUCAGCCCUAGGCCUAGUUCCUUUAAAGAAGGUGUAGCAAGGAACCUAGCGUCCUUGAGAAGUGUUUCCAGGGAAAGGUUGCGGCGACGUGGUGACAGCUAUUUAUCAUGCAUUGACAAUCUAGCUGCGAUGCCAUCUGCCAGUGGCCCAAUUGCUUCUAGUUUAAACCACGCUGAGGAUAAACUUGAAGAAGCAACUGAAACUAGUCUAUUCCCUCCAUCCACUCGUCUGGAGUCUGUACCUCUUCGUGAGGAUAAUGUUCUUGGCUCGUCAAACCAAGUUUCUUCCAUGGGUUCUUCUCUUUCCUCUCCUCUUUAUUGCUGGUGCCCUCCUGUUGCAUCAACUCGGCAAUGUGCCACAGAAAGUUUACAGUGUUCUACAACAUCAUCUGACUUGGUGUCUCUACCAACUUUGUUACAAGUUACUAGGUCAUCUGGCCUUUUGGCAUCGAAGCCACCUCUUAACCUGGCAGAUGUUGUUCCUUUAGAUUUCCCCCCUCUUCUGCCAGAGCCGUUGGUUAGGUUGCCAUUGUCUAUUCCUGCUUCGCAGCAGAUCCCUACCUUUACACCCUUGAUGUGUGACCCGAUCGUUCACAUUCCUGUAAUUGAUGUGUGCUCCUCUGGCCAAGGUUAUUUAGUAAGUGCUGGCCCUGCUAUUUCUAAUGCUAUUCCACCAAUGUGUCCAAAUCUGGCUAGUCCACUCGUUCCUGAAGCAGAUUCUAUGGUGGAAAAGAGUGCAAGGGAGACGCUCCGCUUGCUUAUUAACAGUUCUAAUCAGCCCAACCCGCCAUUGAUGGGUGUGUUGCCUUCGGUUUUGACAGAUGGUAGUCAGAUGGAAAACAUUCUCUCAGUUGGGAGCAGGGGUCUUUACAGCGGAACAAGGGACAUCGAUGCAAUUACAAGUAGCGUGGCAGCUAUAGGCUUUGUGUCGUCAUCUGAUAGAUUUGUCCUUAAAAGAUGCAUUGACAGAGAUAACCUGGAGCAGGAAAUGGAGAAAGCAGAUGGCUCUUGUGGGUCCAGUUCUGAUGAUGGUUUUCCCAAGUCUAGGGACGGGAGAUUCGAUUGAUUCGCUUCUGCUCAUUUCUUUAUUUUUUUUUUAAAUUUUUUUGUCAGAGAUGAUGUAGAUUCAGUUUUGAGAUGGAACUGUAGAUAUGUUGCUGUAACUAGUUUUGAAUUCGUGAUCUGCCUUUGAAACUGUAUGAUAGCGAAUUUUUUCCCUUUUUUUUAAUUUUGGGAAUAAUUGGGAUUA